AUGGAAGCAGAUGUUCAUAGCCAAUACAGGCCGGGUUACGAGCUCGGUCCUUGUGAUACUCGACCGAUCGAUUCACUCCCAGUUUUGAGCAACGUCGUCGCGACCGCGCCGACCCGGAGCAAUGUCCCGCCCGUCAACAGGCGAGUUCAAGUAUCAACAGGAUGCCAUCACAAUAGCUCAUAUGGGCCUAUUUCCAUGGCUGAGGAUCCUCGAGGGGUCGAAAGUCAAGUACUGGAGCUGGAUACUGUCACCCCCCCGUUGGGGCAUAAUGUGUCAAGUAAAAUCAAGAUUGAGAACUCGGACUGCGAAAUACCGAUACCGUCCCUCAACAAUGGCGCCACUGAAUCCUUCGACUCUGAGAUGUCUGAUCUCUCAUCUCGUCAAUCAUCCUUCUCUAGUAAAGCGACGACGCCAGCUGAUAAUGAUACGCCAAAAAAACGUAUACCCGGUAUUUCGACUCCCACGAUGCCUCAACGCAGCUUUUCACAUGACGGCGACCGUCUAGACUUCAUCGUUCAACCUAAAUCAUCCGUUCCUAAAGAUAUACCCUCCUCGCAGUAUGCAACCGAGUGCAUCAUUGCGGCAGAAAACUCGAGACUGAACCCAUAUGCUCUCCAUACCGAGGAAUAUCUCCUUCUACGCUAUCAUAUAUCCCACGCUCAGGUGACCACGUACCUGAAUAUUCGAAAUAGUAUCCUCCGCCUAUGGCUGCAGAAACCUUGGCAAGGGAUAACGAGGGAAGAGGCUGUGGGAUGUGCAAAUGCUCGUUGGUUCGAUGCUGCUAAUGUAUGCUACGACUGGCUUGUCCGUCGCGGGUAUAUCAAUUUCGGAUGUCUCGACCUUGGCCGUGUUGCCACAAGAGCGAAGCACCAAAGCCAAUCCAGAAAAAGGAGAACAAUCGCAGUAAUAGGAGCUGGCAUCUCAGGCCUAUCUUGUGCUAGGCAAUUAGAAGGACUGUUUAAGCAAUACGCGUAUCGAUUCCACGAGCUCGACGAAGACAUACCGAGAGUGUUACUCAUUGAAGGACGAAGCCGGGUUGGAGGGCGGGUAUACUCCCGCCAAUUCAAGACGCAGCCCAAGUCGCCCAUGGAUGGGUUUCAUAACAAACGAUGCACGGCAGAAAUGGGUGGGAUGAUCGUCACCGGAUUCGACCGUGGCAACCCUAUCAACGUGCUGGUGCGUGGUCAGCUCUGCCUUCCUUAUCAUGCCCUCAGAGCCGAAACCACAAUAUAUGACAGCGAUGGGAAGCCAGUCGACGCUGAGCGCGAUCAGCUAAUCGAAAAAUUGUACAACGAGUGUCUGGACCGUGUCAGCGAGCACAAGUACAAAAUGGUGGCGGCCAAGUUGAUAGCAGGCAAUCGUGACUUGCUGAAUGAGGGUAAAGACAGCCCAACAGACGGGUCCAAAACUAUUGCUCAAAGCGAAGAGCUAGCAGCCAGCCAGGCCAAUGAGUCGACGCAAUCACAGCAGAAUGCGGGAGAUGUUGAGCCAACGGUUCCGGUAUCCUCAAAUGAACUGACUACUGAGGCCGGCGUACCUGCCACCGCUAAAGCCCCCGAAAAAGCGGCAUAUAUGGGGUGGACGCUCAAGCAAGGUAUCGAUACCGAAAAGGAUCUAGAUCUAAGCUAUGCUGUUCACAACCCCAACGCAACCUUGGGUUCCGUGCUCGAUGAUGCUAUUUCCCAGUACAAAUCGCUGGUUGAAUUGAAUGCAUUGGAUCAUCGACUUAUAAACUGGCAUAUUGCCAAUCUCGAAUACAGCAAUGCUACGAACUUGCAUAAUCUAAGUCUAAGUCUAUGGGACAUUGACGCUGGGAAUGAGUGGGAAGGCAGUCAUACAAUGGUGGUCGGCGGCUAUCAGAGUGUGGCGCGGGGCUUGCUCCAUUGCCCAACUCCCUUAGAAAUCACGACCAAGUCGCCCGUGAAGCGCAUUCGUUACCAAGCUGAUACGUUUAAUGGACCUGCGCGCAUUGAAUGCGAAAAUGGGAGAGUGGUGGAAGUUGACUCGGUCGUAUGCACGGUGCCGCUUGGAGUCUUGAAACAUGGCAACAUCGAAUUUGACCCGCCUGUACCUGAAUGGAAGUCUCUAGCUGUAGAGAGACUGGGCUUUGGCAUACUGAACAAGGUCGCCUUGGUGUACGACCAGGUGUUCUGGGAGUCGGAUAGACAUAUAUUUGGGGUUUUGAAAGAUGCCUCGGAUCCGCAAAGCACAGCACAGCAUGAAUAUCGCGGCAGUCGCGGUCGCUUCUUUCAGUGGUUCAACGUCACAAACACUACAGGCAUACCCUGCUUGAUUGCAUUGAUGGCUGGAGAUGCGGGCUUUGACACUGAGGCUUCGAGCAACGAGGACUUGAUCCGGGAAGCCACGGAGACUUUACGCAGUAUCUUCGGGCCAGACGUGCCUCAGCCGUUGGAGGCAGUUGUCACGCGAUGGGGGUCUGAUCCCUUCGCGAGAGGGAGUUACUCGUCGGCGGCGCCGAACAUGCAGCCCGAGGACUACGACAACAUGGCAAAACCCUUGGGCAAUCUCUUCUUUGCUGGUGAGCACACUAUUGUUACACACCCGGCAACUGUCCAUGGCGCCUACCUUUCUGGCUUGCGAGCUGCCUCGGAAGUUCUUCAGGAGAUCCUAGGGCCAAUCGAAGUACCGACGCCGUUGAUCCUGCCGCGUGAUUCCUUGCUUCUUCAAAAAAGGAAAGAGGCCGCAAAGGAUCCCCGUCAAGCACGCGUAGAUGCCUAUGAGACCGAGGCUUGGCGCCAUGUGAAGUCCAGGAUCGGAGAGCGGCCCAUACCACCAGGUAAGAUGGCUGGCAAUGCGUACCUGAUCUUCAGCAAGUUGUACUUUGACGAGGCACGCAGGCGCUGUGAAGAGAACCGCAAAACGGGCAGAACCAAGGCCAUGCCCAACGAAGUGCGCGUAAUGACUUCGCGCAUGUGGAAAGAGGCCUCGGAGGACACUCGCCAGCCCUUUGAGGCGCAAGCUAUGGAGCAGAAACAAGUAUAUGCCGAGGCCAUGGCUCAGUACACGCAAGCGGCCGAAAAAUGGGACCUCGAAGCCAUUGAGAUACGGGCGACGUAUGAAAGAAAUAACCCGUUUAUGCCCGAACUUGGCGACGCUGCGACUGGUUCCAGCAGCCGCGAGCUACUCACGCCAAAGAGCCGUCGCGCUCGAAACGUGAGCUAUGCGGAAGAUAAUGACAAUGGCAUGGAGUUUUGA